UAGCAACAAAACUAGGAGGGGAAGGUGAAUGGCAUCUGGAAUGAACUUCGACUGUAAAGUGGGAUUCAGCUCCUGGAAAAUAUGCUAGAGGCAUGCACAAAGCUCAUGCAGGAAGUCGUCCUCCUGGUUCUCCUGGGGGCCAUGUCAGGGGGAGAGGCGCUACACCUCAUCCAUGUACCUGCUACAAGCAAUGUGGCAGAGAAUUCUCCACCUGAGACUUCAGUGCACAAGUUUUCUGUGAAAUUGUCAGCAUCGCUGUCACCUGUGAUGGCAGGAUUUCCCCUCAUCAUCAACUCAAGUCCCCUCACAGAAGCCUUCAGGGUGAACUGGCUGUCAGGCACCGACUUUGAGGUUGUCACCACUGGGAAGGAACAACUGGAUUUUGAAACAGGACCAAACAUAUUUGAAUUGCAGAUUUACGUUAAGGAUGACGUUGGCAUCACUGACCUACAGGUCCUGACUGUCCAGGUAACAGAUGUGAAUGAGCCACCUCAGUUUCACGGCAACUUGGCAAAAGGUCUACACCUCUACGUAGUGGAAGGAGCAAAUCCUGGCUUCAUUUACCAGGCUGAGGCCUUCGACCCAGAAGACACAAGCCGAAACAUACCCCUCAGCUAUUUCCUGACUAAUCCCUCAAAGAACUUUAGAAUGUCUGCUAAUGGGACCCUCUUCUCUACCACAGAAUUUGACUUUGAAGCAGGACACAGCAGUUAUCAUCUCAUUGCCGAAGUGAGAGACAGCAAAGGGCUCAAAGCCUCCACAGAGCUCCAGGUGCACAUUGUGAACAUCAAUGAUGAAACCCCUCGCUUCACCAGCCCAACUCGAGCGUACAAGAUUCCUGAGGAGCUGAGGCCAGGAACCAUCGUGGCCAAUAUCACAGCUGAGGACCCUGAUGAUAGAGGUUUUACCAGCUUCCUCCUCUACAGCAUCACUACUGUCAACAGCUAUUUCAUGAUCAAUCAGUUGACUGGUACCAUCCAAGUGGCACACAGGCUGGACCGAGAUGCAGGUGAAUUAAGACAAAACCCCACCGUUUCUCUGGAAGUCCUGGUGAAGGAUAGACCCUUUGGGGGUCAGGAGACUCGCGUGCAGAUAACCUUCAUUGUGGAAGACAUUAAUGACAAUCCUGCCACCUGCUCCACGUUCACCUUCAGCAUUAUGGUGCCUGAAAGAGCAGCCAAGGGGACGUUGCUUUUGGACCUGAACAAGUUCUGCUUUGAUGAUGACAGCAAAGCACCAAACAACCAAUUCAACUUCACGGCGCCAUCUGGAGUGGGCAGCAGCAGGUUUGCACAGGCUGCAGCUGGCUCCGGGAAAAUUGUGUUGACUGGUGAUCUAGAUUAUGAAAACCCAAGUAAUCUAGCAGUCGGCAAUAUAUACACGGUGAUAGUCCAGGUGCAGGAUGUUGUGCCUCCUUACUACAAAAAUAACAUCUACAUUUAUUUCAUAACAAGCCCAGAAAACGAGUUUCCUCUUGCCUUUGAAAGGUCAUCCUACGUAUUUAACGUGUCAGAAUUAAGCCCAGCAAGAACCCGGGUUGGACAGGUGCAAGCGGCUGACAAAGACUUGCCCCAAAGCAGCACCGUGUACUCCAUCACCGCUGGAGGGGCCGGCCUCCAGCACCCAAAUAUAUUUUGGAUUAAUCCCAGAACGGGAGAACUCCAGCUGGUGAUGAAAGCAGACUAUGAAACAACCCCCGUCUAUAUUCUCAGAAUCCAGGCCACCAACAGCGAGGACACGAGCUCAGUCACUGUUACUGUGAAUGUCCUCGAAGAAAAUGAUGAAGAGCCAGUUUGUAUCCCAAACUCCUAUUUCCUGGCCAUCCCAGUGGACCUGAGAGUUGGCACAAAUAUUCAAAAUUUCAAGCUCACGUGCACUGACCUCGAUUCCAGCCCCAAAUCUUUUCGUUACUCCAUUGGUCCAGGCAACAUCAACAGUCAUUUCACCUUCUCUCCCAACGCUGGAUCCAACGUCACAAGCCUGCUCCUUGCAACACGCUUUGACUAUGUUAGUGGGCUUGAUAAGCUCUGGGACUACAAAUUACUUGUCUACAUAACAGAUGACAACUUGCUCUCUGGCAGGAAGAAAGCUGAGGCUCGCAUUGAAACAGGAACAGUGACACUGAGUAUUAGUGUCAUUCCUCAUCCAACCACAACUGUCACCACAACCCCCAAGCCCAGGAUUAUCUACCAGGUCCUGAGGGAAAACGUUUACUCUCCAUCGGCAUGGUAUGUGCCUUUUGUCACCACUCUGGGCUCCAUAUUGCUUCUGGGCCUCCUGGCAUCCCUGCUCAUCCUGUUGGCCAAAGCCAUCCACAAACACUGUCUCUACAACACUGGGAAGCACAGAAAAGCUGUGGUGAAGAAACAAGAAAUGAAGGAUACAAAGAGAGAGGUGGUGGUGGAAACAAUCCAGAUGAACACUGUCUUUGAUGGAGAAGCCACAGACCCAGUUACCGGGGCAGUAUAUGAAUUCAACUCAAAAAGUGGAGCCCGAAAGUGGAAAGAUCCAUUAACCCAAAUGCUGAAAGAGUCCAGACUGGAGGGAGCUGCUCAGAGUAGAGCAGCCUCUGGGGAAAGAGCCAGGCCACCCAGGAGCUCCGACAAGGUAGGAGACAGGCCCAAGGGCAAAGCGCAGGCUGAGGAUACAGGCUGGGGGGCCAGAAACCAGGAUGGCAAAUCAGCCACCCCCAAGAACAGAGACGCAGCCCUCUUGAGCAGGGCGUCCCCCAAACUGCACCCAGGAAAGUAAGUGGCGUCUGGUUGCCGGUGCACAGGGGGCACAGGGGAGUCCCCUUGACUGAAUGUGGGUUGCUGCCUCCCCUAAAUGCUGUGAAGACAGGGGUGGGGGACCCCUGGGGUUGGAGAUGUGAGCCGAGGAAUUCACCUAGGGUCCCAAUGGUUGUUUAAAAUUAACAGGAAGGGGUCUGAUUGCCUAAUUGCUAUUUUUCUGAGAUGGCACAGCAGAGCUCUCUCUAAGGUCUCUGUGCCUCUGAUUGGUCGAACUGUCAGCUUCUGGAUUCGGAACUGUUUUGUUUUCUUUGCACUGACUGCUAGGAAGCUCCAUUUGGGGCAUCCCUAGGAGGUGCACAGGGCUUCCUGACAGGAGUCCUGAAGACGGUCCCCCCCACCUGGUCUCAUCUUAUUUCCCAGCUCGUGUUUUAGUAUCACCUCGAUUUCUUCACAGACACAGCUCAAGACCAUACACCUUUGUGAGUCACCUCCAAUCUUUUCCCAAUGAAGCAGAGCUGGGAAAAAUUUUAAAAGAUGAGCAAAUAACGAGUUGUUCAUUGGGAAGAAGAAAACUCAAUAGACACAUUCUUUUUAUUCUUUAUUUUAAUUGAGGAUUAACAUAUCCAAUACAAUGCCCAGAUCUAAGGUAUUCAGCUUGACAUUAGGCUCCCUCCAGAGGCAACCAGAGGCUGAUUUUUGUCAUAGACUAGUUUUGCCUUUUUGGAAUGCCAAAUGAAAUCACAUGCAAUGUGUUCCUUUGUGUCUGGCUUUUGCUCAGCAUUGUGUCUGUGAGAUUCACCAUGUUAUACUGUAGGUAAGUUCUCUUCAUUGUUGUGUCUUCCUCCACUGUGGGAAUAUAUCAUAAUUUAUCCAUUCUACACUUGGGUGGCUGCUGCAAGUUUCUUACUCAUGAAUUCCAACUCUAUGAACUUUCCAACUCUAUGUCUUUUGGUGAGCAUGAACACUCAUUUCUUCUGAGCUUAUUCCUAGGAGUGGAUCUGUAAGAGUCAUUGCUGGAAUCUGUCAGGUAUUCCAGUUAGUGGCUCCAGUUUAUCAUUCCACCAACAAUGACUGAGUUGCAAUUGCUUUAAUUCCUUGUCAACUCUUGGUAUUGUCUGUCCUUUUCAAUUUAACCACCCUGGUUACAAUUUCUCUUGAAAUGAAAUCACUCUUUCUCAAAGCUAAAACAACACCAGCCUUACAACCUCCCUGCCCUGCUCCUGCUCUGGCCUCCUGUCACUGGAGGCAAGCUCAGGACUCAGCGUGGAGGAGACCAAUGGGAAACACUAUCCAACCAUACAACUGGGACUUUCACCUGUGGGUUUAAGCAUUGAACUGAAAAUAAACUGCCCCAUGAUAGAAUAUGAAGUGAAACUUCCCAGAAUGUGCCUAGUGGAAGCUAAGCAAGCCUCGCUUUAUACUCUGUCCUGCCCCGCAGCUGCUGUGUUUCUAGUCCAAUAAUCACAAGAAAGGACCAGGUGAGAGUCUAUCAGAGCAGCAACCUCCCUCUCCCCCGGUUGGGGAGACAGAUGAGAACUCCCAAGGCCCACAAUGGCCUGGGGCAGGGGGUGGGGGCACCAGGCAGGGUCCAUCCUGCAAAUGCAGAACUCCAGAGGGAGCAGCUGCUUGUUUAUUGCGUGCUUGUGUGCCAGGGUGACUUCUCAGGAAAAAUAAAUGCCCUGUCCUGGCCUAGAGCAGGCAUGAUUUAUUAGUAAGGGUUGGUUGCCAGGGAAGUCCCUUGAAUAGGUUUAAAUUUUGCAGAAGAAAGCAGAGUUGUUCAUUUGUGGAGGUUAAAGUGGGUGAAGUGGCUGAUUACCCAUUUAAGACUCCACAAGUCUGUGGAGGUCUGAGUAAAAUGCCUUCCACAGAAGCUCUCAGCCUCAAUGCAAGUAAAAUGAGGCUCAGAGAAGGCUGAAGGGGGAUCUAAUAACUGUUUAUGAGCCCAUUAAGGAUGAUUAAAAGGAGGGCAGCAAGCAGCUGUACCCUUCUACAGCCAUGACAGGGCAAGAGGGAAUUGUGCAUCUUGGCCAGAAGAAGAGAUUCAAGUUAGGCACAAGGAGGGACUUCCUGAGGGCUGGGGUCUGUCUGAAGACCUCAGUUUCUUCGCUCGUGAUGGGCAGGAAGAGCAGAUUGUCUUCUAAGCCCCAAGAUGUGAGCUCUGAGGAACCCAUGACAUGGGGUCAGGAGUGGCUGGAGCCUUCUGACAAGAGAAACUCGGCCUUUCUUUUGCAUAUUUGACUAUUUGAUUAGAUUUGAUCAGAAACAUGAGGUCCAAGGCUGAGGCCAUUUGUUUCUAACAUUCACUGGGUUAGGGGGAAAAAUAAAAAGUUAUCUAAAUAAAUGAAACCAGGGACCAUUGUGGAUCUUUUUAAAGUUUUCUCACAUUUUUUU